CGUGUUCACCGAGCGUAAAGCGCAAAACAAAGUGCAAAGAUUGGUGGACGAACGAAAUGACUGUACGGCCGAAUGUCACACGAGCGAAAGAGACGAACACUGCAAGAGAGUGAAUUGAGUGCGGCAAAGCGAAAAAAAUAAACGUAAUAUUUCGCUGGGUAGAACAAACGACGACAACAAAAAGGCACACCAAGUAGAAGAAGAAGAAAGAAAGAAAGGAAAAAACAAAAACAGCCGUGUGUUGUGUGUACAAUAAUAAAAACCCAUUGAAGCUACAGGCCCAUAGAAGUGUUUUGCAGUCGAAUCGGUGAACAUACAAUUAAAUUGUGCUCUCUUUCCCAUCGCACGCGCGAAUGUGUUAAUACCAAAGUGUAAUAUCGAAAGCAAAAAUUAUUCAGUGUUCGUUUCAUUCAUAUCGAGAAAAUCAACGAAAAAAAAAAGUUUAGUGAAAAGCAACAACAAAAAAAAAAUCAUUACAAAUAAUUAGAUAAUUGCGGCAGCGAAAAAAAGUUGUGAACACCAAUUGAGGAUUAAUUUACCUGUAUCUAUCAAACGACCGAAAGCAUUACGACAAGCGCGAAAAAUAGGUAAAUUUUUUUUUGUUUCUUCAGUGAUUCACACACGGUGCGCGCACGGUUAUUUCGUGUGAUAGCAUUUUAUUGAUAAACGAAUUGUUAAUUUCAAAAGGAAAUGAAAAUAAACGGCCGAAAGGGAGAAUAGAUAAAAGUGCCAGAUUAUGGCUGAGUUAAGUGUAAAUACGCUUCUCGCGUUAAUUGACUCAUACAUCAGUUCUUCAGUUCAUACCGAAGUCGGUCUAUUUUUAUCAUAUGCGGUAUUAUUUUAUCAUGCGUUCAGAAGCUCUGCGUGUUGUGUUGGCCACAUAACACUUGCAAUUAAAAUGAAAAUUCCCCCAAAAAUCCACUGAUUCCAAUUGAAUCAUCGUCCAAUGAAGAGCAAAAAAUAAAUUCUCAAAUCAAUUCGCUUGCAUGCACUCAACUUAAUUAAAUUUAUCGGUGGAAUUAAUGCAUUUGGAUAAAGAAUUGCGCCAGCAAAUGUGAAGAUCAAAAGCAUCGUACGCUUAAUUCACAGGCCUCCCGAACAAAACCGAAAAAAAAGAGAAAUACGUGACGGUGAAUUUAUGAGUGUGUUUGAGAUAUCGUUAUAUUUUUUUGUUGUUUAUAAACAGACGAAUAAUCUUAAUUGAUUUAUCUUGCACUGGAAACAAUGAACCGGCACUUGUGUCGGCUCUCAUUUAAUCGAAAAUGAAAACGCAUGCGAAUGAUUUUAUCGACGCUGGUUGCGUUUUGUUUCGGCCUACGUGAGAGAGCAAGAGAGAGAGAGAGAAAGAGAGUUUGCUGUUGGGAUGCAUUUUCCAUGCUCACAAUCAAUUUUCCCGUGCUAAUGAUGUCAAAAUCAGGCGAAUGCGAUUGCGACGAUGCGAGAUUCGUUCGGAUGUGUGUGAGUGGCAUGCCCAGUCAUGUACUGUACACAUCGUUUCAUCACCAAAAUGUAUAUAAAUGGGUUUGAUGUAAGAGAUUUUCUUCUCGUGCAAUCAAACGCCGAAAAAAGUAUUGCAGUUUUCCACGUCACUUUCAGACCAUACGCUGUGUGUUGAAAUCCGAGAGAUUCAAAUCACAGUGGACGACACACCAGCACACUUAUACACUCGAAUACACACACAUACCUGACUCAGUGUCGCUCCAUGCGAGAGCAUUUCCAAAGAUUUUCCUUUUCGUUUUUUUUUUUCGGUUCAUAGUAAAUAGGCUUACCGUGGCUGCUUGAUGGUGCAGUUGUUUUUCGUCUCUUUGGAAUUUUAUUUAAAGAAAAAGCAUCAUCAUGAAAAUUCAUCAACGAUAUACUCGAACCUAAAAAAGCAUUUGAAAUGACGCUAUUUUUGUCAGUUAUUCAGUUCAUUUUUGUGCGUUUCGUCUCGGUUUUGUUUUCAUCAUCUUAGUUUUACAUAAUCGGAAUGGGCAAACGAAUAUAUAUGCGCAACAAUAUACAUAGUAUAAAUUGACGGUCGAAAGUUUCGUGUGCCUACCGAAAUUUCGGAAGAUUUAGUGUUGCUCUUUGUGAUAAAGAUGGAAACUGACAUUGAUGAGAAAACGUUUUUUGUGUGUGUCUGUGAAGAAAUCAAAAGGUCUGUGUCAGGUAUAGACCAGAAGAAUCAACAAUUCUGAGAAUAAUAUACACAUUUAUUCAGUAAGACGACAUAUCGGGGGAUUCGCAGAACAUCUUUUUGAAUAUUUAAUGAAGAAUUUCCGAGUGAAUCCGUGACGAAAAGGAAGAAGGAGAGAAAAAAAACACACACAAAUAGGAUACUGCGCCCACACACACACACACACACACACUCACAUUCGGCCACAUUGUCACAACCGUUAGAUUUUGUAAACACGUCGAAUUUCAUUCUGUGCCAUUUUAAUAGUUUGCGCUGUGCGAUAUCGAGCGAUCGAUUUUGAAACGCAACCGCCAAACCAAAAGAUAAAUAUAUAUAUUUAUUCGAUACCAAAAGGAAAAGUGAAGACAAUUGAUUGCUGUGAUCGUUUGUUUAUUUUUAUCAGUGCAAAAAAAAAAAUCUUUUAGCAGAAACAUUGAAAAGUGCUUAAGUCUAGUGAACUCUGACCAAAAUCGUGUUAAAAGUUUUGAUAUUUUCUCCACGACAACCAUUUUCGGAAAUCAAAGAGCCAAAUAGAGGAGAAGCAGAAGAGAAAAAGAAAAAACGUUUUCGAGCACAAGCACGUUUGUUGGCUAUGAAUUUUGUUAUUUAGUGAAAUAAUUGUGAGUUUUGUGUAUUAAUAUGUUGUCGUAUAUGGUGCCCGUUGAAGACAAAUCGCCGCCGCAUAAUUUAAAAUUGGAUUUAAACUUGGAUCAAAGUGAAAAUGCAAAUCGAAAUGCAAAUAAUGUUGGUGCCGCCGCCGCCUCAUCGUCAUUGUCACCGUCAGCCAAGAUUUUAAACUUUGAACGGCAACAGCAUUUCAACAGCGCACUAAAGAGUCCUCCAAAGCCCAAAACCGAAGCAGCACAACGUCCAAAAACAUUAGUGAAACCAAAACAAAGUCUCAGCCUCAAUAUGGAUACAACGGCAAACGCAACGGAAAAUACAGGCAGCAUACUGGCAUCGGGUUCGGUCAGCGGUGGUUCAUCGGACGAAGGCAAAAAAGUCAAAAUGGGAAAAAUUGGCACCCAGAAAAAUGCAGCACUGAAACGAGUUUCGUUUGGGUCAUCGAAAGGCUCCAUGGUGGAGACGCUUGUUUUUGAAACACCAACACCAUUACCUGAGCACGCUGAACGAGAGUUUGGUUUUCCGGUCGAUAAAGCAGCAGCCGGACAUAAUAGCAAUUCUUCGUCAGGUCUCGAUGACAGUGGCAUCGAACUGCAAGAAGAAUUGGAACGUUCCAAGGUGCGAGUCACAUUCUUUCAAAGUGAUAAACCACAACUAAUCAGUCCGCCGGAGCCGCAGCAUUUAGAUUACUUCAGUACCGAUCCAAAUAGUUUAUUGGUUAAUUUUAGCGACGAAAUGGCAUCACAAACAGCUUUACCGCCAAACUACAAUAGGCAAAUCAGCACGGAGUCAGGAUGGGAUAAUCCAUUCCGGCCUGGUGGCGAUUUAUCGAGAGAAGCAGAUGAAAUCGUGAACAUGAUCAAAGGUGGAAAGCCCAUUACACCAAAUGAUGUUACUGAUACCUUAUCAAAUGGACACACUACAGAAAACGGUGCUGUAAACGAAACGGUGACGAAAACGGAAGCGUCACAGAACCAACAAAGCCCAAAAACUGGCAGUGGAAAAGAUGCCGAUCAAAAUGGUGCACAAAAUACUCAAGUAUCAAAUUCAGUUGUGCCGGGUCCACAGUCAGCUAGCCACGUUGUAGUCGAAGAUAAAAAGAAGAAAAAGUGUACUUGUUGUGUGAUACAAUAGACAAUUAAACUAAAAACUAAACAAAAUGAAAAAUCCACUAGAUUCAAAUGUUCAAUGUUCACUAUAAACAAACAAACAGAAAAAUCCAAACACUAAAACAAAAUCACUUAUUUUCAUAACUCUAUGAAUUUAAUUCAGCUGAAUGAAACCAAUUUUCACAAGCACACUACAAACUAUCGUUUUUUUUUUAUAUAAUUUAGAUUUAAUAAAUCAAAUGAAAAAAAAAAUCAGCUUUCCAAAAACUUAUUCAAGAAAAAUUCAAACAAAAAAAAAAAUAUACAAAAAAUCCCUACACAAAUUGUUCCAAUUUAAAAAGUCAAACUACGACCAACUUUGAACUCUUGAUCAACAAAAAAGAAAAUAUAACCGCGACAAAGCUAAAUAAAAAUGAUAACAAAAAAAAAAUGAAACACUUUACUAAAGAAAUCUUUAUGUGUACGUAUUUAUACUACAUAAUUAUUAUUAACUGUAAUGAUAUGAUAUGAUAUGUAAAAUUAUCGAAAUAUUAUUAUAUUAUUAUUAUUGUAAUAUUAGGCUAAUUUAAGUGAAUGGAUGGAAACAGCAGAGAUCCAAUGCAGCAGCUAAAGAAGAAAAAGAAAGAUUAAAUAAUAGAAUGAAGAGUAUAUUUAAAUUGUACUGCAAACAAAGAAAAAAAAACAAAAAAAAAACUAUAUAUUCAAUCUAGUUUAAACGUUGCAAUGACAUGAAUGGUUGAAAAGAAAAAUGAUUUAACAAACAAUGAAAUAUACAGCUAAAUUCUUUACACACAAGACACGUAAAUACAUCAACAGUAUGAUUAAAUAGCAAAAAAACCGUUUCGCAUUUUUUUAUAUUCGUUCGGUAAUGUCAAUUUUUUGUCGUUGUUGUUGCUCGCAAUGCCAAAAAUUGCAUUCUUGUGUUUUCAACACUUAUGACGCGCGCGCGGCACACCCUCAGUAUCGCCCGUCCAUUUGUUCGUUAUGUCAAGUGAUAAAAUCGAUUGCGUGAGCUUAAUCGAGAGAAACAGCUUCGACAUCUUUUUUUCUACUUUUUGCACACAUUGUGAUCGGAGUAGCUUUUGCAAGAGCAAUCGAAAGUAUUUAUUGUACGUGACACUUGCGUUGAGAACAAGAAAAACUGUAAAAAUUAUCUGUAACAAUGGGAUCCUACUAUUCCAUCCUUAGUAACGAUGCAGAUUCAAAUGGUCAACACCAUUUCUAUUUUUAUGUAUCGGAUGAACAGAUGGUUAACUGGUUCAGGCUAUUCCAUGGGGCCGUGCCCUUGAAUGAAUUAGAGGUAACUUUUUUUUUUGUUAUUGUUUUUCAAUUCAAAUUUGUGCAUAGUUUAAUUAGCUGCUCAAUUUGUCACAUUGCAAAAAAAAAACAAAACGAAAAACCAACAAACAGAUGAAAUCAACGCAAACCGAAACAAUUGAAAUAACCGAAGUAGAAGAUUAUCCCGAAGUAGUUGAAGCAAAAUACACACAAACCGAGACGUUAUUCGAUCAAUCUCCUCAGAACUAUGAAAUACAACAAUCGGCAGAGAACGAGAAGAAAAAGAAAAAGAAAGGAUUUCUCGCAUUUUUAAAUUCGAUAAAGAAACGAAAAUGAAACACUGUAAUUCUUUUUUGUUAAAUGAACGAAUUCGUGAAAUCUCAUCUCGAGAUCAUAUUAUAGCAGUACCUAUAAACCGAUGAAAAAAAAAAUCUGUUGUCGCUUUUUAAAAUCCAUUUUUAUCAAUUUUAUUGGCUUAGACGCAAAUCAGAAUGUGUUUUUUUUUUGUAAAAUCUAUCGAGUAGCUUUUGAAAUAAAAUUGAAAAGGUGUAAUUGAAAA